UCUCACGAUGUGAAAGUACAUAGCCGGCUAGCGGCACGGCGAGGUCUUGCCUAGUAGUUGCCUUGCCUUCCUUUCCCCCUCCCCUGGAUACUUCGCCCCGGGUUGCCCCAGCCCUCACUCUCCACCUCCUCUGUUCCAACUAACUCCCACUCCGCCGCCCCCCGUGUCUAUGAUCGAGGCACGGGAGAUGGUGAGACGGCUCCCUUACCCUGCUCAACUGUUGACUCGACUUACUCUCUCUUCCUUCAAGAUUGGUUCCAAGCUAGAAAAGGGGGCUCGGUCCGUGUGUUGAUCUGUGUGCGUUUGAUCCUGCUGGGAUGAUGCAUUUGUACUCGAGGAUGUAGUUGAACUGCGCGGGCUUUAGAUGUUUGUUGCAACAGUAGGAUCAAGAACGGCUGAAAGGGAGGGGUUAAAUGGAAGCCGGUUUCCGGCGAGAAGGCGGCCAAACUGGUUUGGCUAAUACAAUGUCUAGUGAGCUCAGCAAGAACAAGAAGAAGAAGGGCCUCGAGUGGGAUUUGAACGACUGGAGAUGGGAUGGCAACCUGUUCCUGGCCACACCGUCGUCGAAUGCCGUCGCGGCGCCAUCGGGUUGUGGCAGCAGGGAGCUGGGCCGAUCUGAGGAUGGGAUAGAUUUGAGUGUUGCUGACAAGAGGAGGAGAGUUUCACCAGUGGAUAACCAUGGGGAGUGCAGCAAUGCUGCGAUUGCAAAUGGAGAUCAUGACAGGGUUGUUGGUCGGAGAGGGCAGAGCAGCAGAGAAGGGAGACAUGCAAAUGCAACAGGUGCAUAUUCCACUUCUGCUCCAUAUUGCCAAGUUGACGGCUGCCACGCGGAUCUCCGUGACAGCAGGGACUACCAUAAGAGGCACAAGGUGUGCGAAGUACAUACCAAGUCCACUGUGGUUCGUAUAAAAAGCAUAGAGCAUCGGUUUUGUCAGCAGUGCAGCAGGUUUCAUCUUCUUCCAGAAUUUGAUGAAGGGAAGAAGAGCUGUCGCUCACGUCUAGCAAAACAUAAUGGUAGGAGGAGGAAAGCCCCAGCCCAGGCUGGUGCGGCUGGGAAUACCUCAAGUGAAAAUCAGUCUUUAACCAACACCUUACUCCUCUUGUUGAAACAACUUUCAGGGCAAGAUCCUGGAAGCUCAUCUGAGCAAAGCAAUGGUCCCAACUUUUUGGUUAAUCUUUUGAAGAACCUUGCUGCCAUUGCUGGCACACAGGCGUAUCAAGAUAUGCUUAAGAAUGCAAAUUCUGCUUCAAUAUCAUCAAAUGAUGCUAACUACGUUGUAAAUGGCUUCACAAACGAGCCAACCAGAUCACCAAUUCCUGUAGGAACUGAAUCCUCAGCAGAGCAUACAGUGAAACAGCAUGUGCAGAAUUUUGAUCUGAAUGAUGCUUACGUUGAAGAAGAUGAGAGCCGAACAGAUAAAAUUGUCUUCAAGCUCUUUGGGAAAGAACCAAAGGAUUUUCCUGUUGAUCUACGUGCUCAGAUGCUAAACUGGUUGUCACAUUACCCAAGUGAUAUGGAAAGCCAUAUUAGGCCUGGUUGUGUCAUUCUAACUAUUUACCUUCGUCUUCCUAAUUGGAUGUGGGAUAAGCUUAAAGUCAAUCCAGCUCCUUGGAUAGAAAACCUUAUUAGCAUAUCCACUGAUGGCUUCUGGGAAACAGGAUGGUUGUAUACUAGGUUACAGGACCGCCUGGCAUUGAGUUGCAAUGGUAGGCUUAUGUUAGUGUCUCCCUGGCAACCCUUAAUAGGUGACAAGCAUCAGAUAUUAUGUGUAACUCCGAUUGCAACUGCUUGUUCUUCAACAGCAAACUUCUCAGUGAAAGGUUUCAACAUAGUUCAACCAACCACAAAAUUACUUUGUAUAUUCGGUGGGGAAUAUUUAAUCCAAGAAGCGACACAAAUGCUACAUGAGGAUACUAUGAUGCAGCAAGGCCCUCAAUGUCUGACCUUCUCUUGCUCCUUUCCUAGUAUGAGUGGAAGGGGGUUCAUAGAGGUUGAAGAUUAUGACCAAAGCAGCCUUUCCUUUCCCAUUGUUGUCGCUGAAGAAUCUUUAUGUUCUGAGAUUCGUAUGUUGGAGGAUAAAUUGAAUUUAAUUGCAUUUGGUGAUAUUUUGGAAGGAAGAGAGGAUCUGAUGGCUUCUCGUGACCAAGCCUUAAACUUUUUACAAGAAAUAGGCUGGUUUCUUCAGAGGAGCCACAAACGAGCUACAACUGAUGCUCCACAAUACUGUACUGAGAGUUUUCCUGUUGCAAGAUUUAGAUGGCUGCUAUCUUUUGCGAUUGAUCAGGAAUGGUGUUCUGUUGUGAAGAAGCUUCUGGAUACAUUGUUCCAGGGUAAUAUUGAUGUAGAUGUCCGCUCACCAUUUGAAUUUGUCCUAGGAGAAGGUUUAGUAUUCACCGCGGUCAACAAGCGGGCGAAGCGUUUGGUUGAGUUCCUAUUACGAUACACAACAAAUUCUGCACUUGUGGCCCGUGGAGCCGUGUCACCAGUUCGGUUCUUGUUCACACCUGAUAUAACUGGUUCAUCAAAUAUUACACCUCUUCAUAUUGCAGCCAGUAUGAGUGAUGGUGCUGGUGUUUUAGAUGCUUUAACUGAUGAUCCUCAACAGCUUGGAAUCAAAGCAUGGAAGCAUGCUCGUGACACUACUGGGUACACUCCAGAGGAUUAUGCUCAGAAGAGAGGUCACAUAUCCUACAUCCAGAUGGUCGAGAACAAAAUCAACAGCAGGUUGCCUAAAGCUCAUGUGUCUGUUUCCAUGACUAUUAGUCCAUCCACCACAGAUAUCUCUGAAAAGCACGCAGGUCGAUCAAAGUCUACGAAUCAAACCACAUUGGAUAUUGAGAAAAGCCAAAGGAGCGACAAGAGACCACCAAGCUGCAGACAGUGCGUCCAGCUCCAGCACAUUGCUUACCAUCCCCGUCCGAACAGGUUUCUGUCGAACAGGCCUGCGGUGCUCUCCUUGGUCGCCAUUGGUGCAGUCUGUGUCUGCGUAGGAUUGAUCAUGCAGAGCCCGCCGACUGUCGGCGUUGGCAUGACGGGUCCUUUCCUCUGGAGUUCCCUGAAUUACGGUCCCAUCUGAUAAAAGAUUGCCAGGCGCCGAUCAAUUAUGCAUGUCCAUAUGCUGAAGAUGCUUGUGCUGGCAUUGAUCUGCAUAUUCUUACAAGCUGCAGACCUGUUAAAAUGAAGUGCAAUUUCUGUAUAUAUUAUAUAUACGGGCAGUUGAAUGCGAACGGCCUGGCUAGAAAUUUCAAUUGUAUAUGCUAACUUUUAUUUGCGGGUUGUGGCCCUUGUCUAUCGUAGGCCUUUCUGUGAUCGAGAGAAACAAGGUGACAUACGUAUUCUCAUAGCUUGAUGAUCCCGCAGGAGUGGCCUGCAGGCAACAGCUCCCAAAUACUAUCUGCUGCAAACACUAUCA